UUAUUUAGAUGACUCCAGAAACCAAUAAGCCCAAACUUGUCCCACUUAAUGAAGGAGUAACAGCGGAGCUUCUUAACAAGGAAAUCUUUCAUCUGCAGACAGAAAAUGAGAAACUAAAGAACAGAAUCAAGACUUUAGAGGCUCAGGCUACAUGUGCCUUAGAUGAAAAACUGAAGGUGGAAGAAGAUCUGAGAGAGUUACUGAAACUUCAGGAUCAAAAGGACCAAGAUAAAAAGUUUGAGCAAUCAUCUGCCUAUCGUAAUAUGAAGGAAAUGCUGACCAGAAAGAAUGACUUAAUUAAAGAAUUAAGAAAACGCCUUUCAAAGUAUGAACUAGAUGACCAGAGCUAAGUAGAACUUCCAUGUGGCAACAGACUCCCCCUAAAGAGGAAGCCUAAAAGUCCAUUGUUUGGAUUCUUCAACAGUAAUCAAAAGGAAAAUUCUCAUUGCUUGUGGUUAAUAAAGAUGCUUUAGUUUAUGUUUAA